UGUUGUGACUAGCCUCGAAGCCCAGAAGGCCUGGGUUCAAGUCCAGCCCCUGACUGUCUGGAGUCACGGAAGCGCUCAGGACGCUUAGAUUGUGUGUGGCAGAGGAGAGGCUGCGUUCCAGACUAGCGUCUCUGCCAAGUAGCUGCCUCCGCGGCUCCCUGGAACCUCGCCACAACACUGGGGGAGGAAGAACGCCUUCUCCCCAUUUUCCAGAUGAAGCCCAGUGCUUGGUUCGUGUUAGAGUUGGGGGUGAACUCCAAAGCAUCCUGACUCAAGUCCAGGGACCCCCGUUGGAGAAGUUGGGGGUGUUUAGCAUGGAGAAGGGCAGAUAAUCAAUCCAGCGAUCAGCAUUUAUCAAGUGCGCAGGGUCACGAGGGAGGGAGGCUUACCUUGGCCUGUAGAAGUUUCGGCAGAACAUUCAGGAUGUGCUGCCCCUGCUACCUACCUCGGAUGACUAUUUCCUUCUACGAUGGCUCCGAGUUCAGUUAUCUCCGGGAGAUAGAUCCAAGGCUUCGUGAGGCUCCACUGCCCCUCCAUCCCUGGGGAUGCUGUCUCCUCGGGCUCAGCCUCUCCUCCCUCUAACUGCCAUGGUCACCUUUGAGCACCUGGGUCCCUGGGCUGAAGUCCUCUGAGAAGGAAGAUAAGCCAGCUCGAAGCUUCGACCUGCAGAAGUCCGAGGCCAUGCUGAGGAAGCACGUGGAGUUCCGGAAACAGAAUGAUCUUGAAAAUAUUUUGAGUUGGCAGCCCCCAGAGGUGGUCCAGCAGUACCUGUCUGGGGGGAUGUGCGGCUUUGACCUCAAUGGCUGUCCCGUCUGGUACGACGUCAUCGGGCCGCUGGACGUCAAGGGGCUGCUGCUGUCUGCCUCCAAGCAGGAUCUGCUCAGGACCAAGAUGAGAGACUGUGAGAUGAUCCGGCUGGUGUGUGCCCAGCAAUCAGAAAAGCUGGGAAAGAAGAUUGAGACCCUGACCAUGGUGUAUGACUGUGAGGGGCUGGGCCUCAAGCAUCUCUGGAAGCCUGCUGUGGAGCUCUAUGGGGAGUUCCUCUGCAUGUUUGAGGAGAAUUACCCAGAGACCCUUGGACGCCUCUUUGUUGUGAAAGCUCCCAAGAUAUUCCCCGUGGCCUACAACCUCAUCAAACCCUUCCUGAGUGAGGACACGAGGAAGAAGGUCAUGGUUCUGGGGGCCAACUGGAAGGAGAUUUUACUGAAGCAUAUCAGCCCAGACCAGCUGCCCAUGGAUUAUGGGGGCACCAUGACAGAUCCCAACGGAGACCCCAAGUGCAAAUCCAAGAUCAACUACGGGGGUGAAAUCCCCAAGAAGUAUUACAUCCGGGACCAGGUAAAGCAGCAGUAUGAGCACACGGUCCAGAUCAACAGGGGCUCCUCCCAUCAGGUGGAGUACGAGAUCCUCUUCCCGGGUUGUGUCCUCAGGUGGCAGUUCAUGUCAGAUGGGGCAGACGUGGGCUUUGGGGUGUUCCUGAAGACAAAGGCUGGCGAGCGGCAGAGAGCGGGCGAGAUGACCGAGGUACUUCCCAGCCAGAGGUACAAUGCCCACCUGGUCCCCGAGGAUGGGACGCUCACCUGCAGCGAGCCUGGGGUCUAUGUCCUGAGGUUUGACAACACCUACAGCUUCAUCCAUGCCAAGAAGGUCAGCUUCACUGUGGAGGUGCUGCUCCCGGAUAAGGCCUCAGAGGAGAGGCUGCAGCAGCUGGGAGAGAAGGGGAUGGCUCCUCAGCAGUGAAGGCCACAGCCACCUGGCCUCAGCCCCUGCCCAGACCCCACCCCCUGCAUCUCUUUAUUAGGGAACCUGGGCCGAGGUCAGGACAGUGCCCACCCCUGCCUCACCUUUGGGGUGCGCUCAGCCCAGCCUGAAGAUGGGGUGAGAGGGGAGAGCUUGGGGGGUAGACAGAGGCAGGGUGGCUCAGGAGAGGUCCCUUCCCCUGCCCCCUCCCCUCUUUCUACCCUCCAGCUGAACUCGGGGUUCCAUGGGUGCUGGGCGCUGAUGGGAUCUGUCCAUCCUUUGACUCGUGCCAACCUCAGUUUCUGUCCCAGGCCAGCUCCCCCAGGCUGGGGGAAAGGGAGCCAGAUAUGGGUGAGGGAAGAAGGGUCGGGGGGUGGUUGGCAUUCGACAUCCAGACUCUGGGCCUGGGCCCUGAGAAGCCCAUUCCUGGAGGUAGCUGAUAUCAGGGGGCCAGGCUGGGCAUGGGGGCGCUUUGUCCCCAUGUUAGGUCAGAAAGGGAGGGGUCCUCCUGGACAGAAGGAGGUCAGGCACAGGUCCCUGCAGACUGUUCCCUGCUUUAAGAGAUUCAGGGCUUCCUGUGGCCAGAUUGGCUUAAUCACUAAUGAAUACUGAUAAUUAAUACUGAGAGCUACCCAUACCCAAGGCCUGGCCCCUGCCCAGCACUGCUGGCCUCUGUUCUGUGGGCAGUACAGAGGGAGGUGCAAAGCACAGAUGAGACACUGUCCCCGCCCUCAGGGGGCUUAUAGUCUGGUGUUCCCAGUAAGAUCAACUCACCACCUCUAACCCAGCCCCCAAAUUGGCACAAAGAGAAAAAAAGCACAGAAUAUUCGGGCUGUAGAAAGCGUCUCUGGCAGCCCUUUCAUUUUAAGGAGCAGAGAACGGAGACCUGGAAAGGUGAAGGAACUGUACCAAGGUCAGCGCCUGUUAAGUUAACGGCAGGGCCAAGGCUAGAAUCGGCCUCCAAAGGCCUCAGGAUUCCUUCUGCCCUCCCACUGGUUCUUGACUAAAGGGGGGACACAGGGACUGGUAGGUGCGUGGCUGGGGCUGGGAAAAGCCCUUGGAUAUGGAGCCAUUGGUCACUGGAUGCUUAAGCAGCCUGGGGAUGAGGAAGGACCAUUCCCCCAAUUCAAGCCCCCUGGGGAUGAGGAAGGACCAUUCCCCCAAUUCAAAGAAAUCCAUUUUCCUUUAGGUAGUCAGGUCCAAGGUACCAGAGGUGUGGCACCCAGCAUGACCAAGGGAGUCAGGGGGCUGGGAAGUAGGGACCAGGGCCUCCUGUGUGUCUUUCAUGAGAGAGGGAAUCCAGGGCUACCUGCCCGUGUUCCCCUUCAAACCCUCUGAGGGCUUGGCCCUGAUGGGCAGCGCCAGGAGUAGUGGGUAGGAAGGAGGCAGACUUCUUCAGUUGAUUUAAGGCAAAAAAAACCCCCAACUUUUCUAACAAUAUGAGCUAUUUAGAAGUGCAAUGAGUAGCCUGGAUAGGUAGUGAGCUCCCCAUCACUGGAAAUGCUCAAAGGGAGGCUCAGAGGCCAUUUGUUAGGGAUUCCUUAGGCAGGAUACCUAGAGCCCUUGGAACCUUUCCAGCUCUGGAGAGUCUGUGAUUCUCUGGGGAAUGGGGCAGGUUGUGAUAGGUAGUGAGCUCCCCAUCACUGGAACUAUUCAAGUGGAGGCAGGAUACCCACUUGGUCAAGGAUGCUGUAGAGGGGAUUCUUGCUCAGGUAUGGGGUGAACUGAAUACUCCCAGAGCUGGCUACCCUCAGAGUUGGGGGGCCCUGGGUUGGAGGGUGUCUCGGUUUACAAAUGCUCUGUUAGGAAAAUUAACCAACAAAUAAAGAAAUCUAUGUGAUUCUGGCUCUCCA